AAGAUGGCGGCGGUACUGCCGAGACGGAGCAGCCGCUCGGCUUAACCGAUCAUUUUCUCUAAUUCACCGGGGCAGAUCGGAUUCAAAUCGUGCAGCGCAACUGUGUGAAAACACCCGCAGCCUGCGAUAUCCAACGUGAGAUCCUGUCGCGUUAAACCCGGGUUUUUUUUCACGGAAAAUGCUCUUACUCUAGUUUAUGUCUCGUCCAUUAGCUGUAUUGGGGAGAAUGGGAGAAAAGCUGGAGUUAAAACUGAAGUCGCCGGUCGGAGCCGAAGCUGCAGGCUACCCGUGGCCCUUACCUGUAUAUGAUAAACAUCAUGAUGCUGCACAUGAAAUCAUCGAAACCAUUCGCUGGGUGUGUGAAGAGAUCCCAGAUCUUAAGCUGGCCAUGGAGAACUACGUUCUUAUCGACUACGACACCAAGAGCUUUGAGAGUAUGCAGAGACUGUGUGAUAAGUACAACAGAGCCAUUGACAGCAUUCACCAACUGUGGAAAGGGACCACCCAACCCAUGAAACUGAACAAGCGGCCUUCCAAAGGCCUGCUGCGUCACAUCCUGCAUCAGGUCUACAACCACUCCAUCACCGACCCAGAGAAACUCAACAACUACGAGCCGUUCUCUCCUGAGGUGUACGGAGAGACCUCUUUCGACCUGGUGGCUCAGAUCAUUAAUGAGAUGGAGAUGAUGGAAGAGGACACCUUUGUGGAUCUGGGCAGUGGAGUUGGUCAGGUAGUCCUGCAAGUCGCUGCAGCCACCAGCUGUAAACACUACUACGGCGUGGAGAAAGCAGACACUCCAGCAACCUAUGGAGAGUCAAUGGACAGGGAGUUUAAGAGAUGGAUGAAGUGGUAUGGCAAAAAACAUGGCGAGUACACGCUGGAAAGGGGAGAUUUCCUUUCAGAAGAAUGGAGGGAUCGAAUAGCCAACACAAGUGUUAUUUUUGUGAAUAACUUUGCCUUUGGUCCUGAGGUGGACCACCAGCUGAAGGAACGAUUCGCCAACAUGAAGGAAGGUGGAAAAAUUGUAUCCUCAAAACCUUUUGCACCUCUUAACUUCAGAAUAAACAGCCGAAACUUGAGUGAUAUUGGCACAAUAAUGAGAGUAGUUGAGCUGUCCCCUCUGAGGGGAUCGGUGUCAUGGACGGGGAAGCCAGUGUCGUACUAUCUGCAUACAAUAGACCGCACCAUACUUGAAAACUAUUUUUCUAGUCUCAAAAAUCCUAAACUCAGGGAGGAGCAGGAGGCAGCCAGAAGGCGCCAGCAGAAGGACAGUAAGGAGAAUAAGAGCAACACCACCACCCCGACCAAGCCCAAGGAGCACAAGACACGGCAUGAUUUUGGUGGUGAGGAGAAGCGCUCAAACUCGCUCGUGCCAGUGAAACCGUCACCGAAACCCCGCCGGGCCAAACUGCUGCCCAGGGGCCGCAAGCUAGGCAACAGGAAGCGUGGGCGGCCUAAGAAGGCUGCUGCUGCCACUGCAGCCGAGCGCAAGAACAAGAAGAGCCAGAGCGCCCUUGAUCUGCUGCACGCAAAGACCCUCUCAGCGGCCCCCCAUCAGGAUGUAUACAGGUCACCACAAAGUCCGUUCUAUCAGCUACCUCCCAAAGUGCAGCAUUAUACAUCAAGCCAGCUUCUCAUGGGCAACACUCCACCAGGCCUGCAGGCUCUUCUCGAUAACGUGAAAGUCCAGUACCUGCAGUUCAUGGCCUACAUGAAGACACCACAGUACCGUACCAGCCUGCAGCAAGCCCUUGAGCAGGAAAAGCUGAGACACACAGAACUGUCCGGUCAAGCACAGCAGCUGCUCAACGCUUGUCAUGCUCAUAAGGAGAGGAUCAGAGACCUUUUCCAGUCCAAACUGGAGGAGCUGGGCUUGAAGGCGGUGACUGUGGAGGACCUAGUACAAGCUCAGAAGGAGAUCACAGCCCACAACAUACAGCUGAGGGAGCAGACCAAACAGCUGGAGAGGGACAUGGCGGAGCUCCGAGAUCAGAGUCUGGUGCUGCUGAAGGCUCGGUGUGAGGAGCUCAAGCUGGACUGGGGAUCUCUGUGUUUGGAGACUCUUUUGAAAGAGAAAGCGGCUCUGCGAAGACAGAUCUCAGAGAAACAGCGCCACUGUCUGGAGCUCCAGAUCAGUAUCGUUGAACUAGAGAAGAGCCAGAGGCAGCAAGAGCUCCUGCAGCUGAAGUCUUACAACCCGUGUGAGGAGUCUCCCUACCAAAAGGCCCUCCCUGGCCCAGAGCCCCGGCCCACACUGGAUUCCGACACCCCCAAACUCAACCCACAAACUUCUGUGGGGCUCAACGGCUUCAGCCCUGAGCUAUCCAUCAAUGGCACAGCCUCGAUGGGUUACGAGAGAGGCAGUGGCAGCGGAAUGGGCAAAAACGAGCUCCUCACCCGCUACCUGCUCAUAUCCCCUGACCACGAAAUUGUGCCGCCCACCCCAGACUCAAGAACCAGGCAGCUAGGGCAACCCCUGCCUGACUACACCCGUUUUUCUCCUGCCAAGAUCGCCCUCCGCAGGCACCUCAACCAAGAUUCGGCUGCCAAUCAGUUUAGAGCCAUUGGCAACAUCCACCGGGGCGACACUGGGGCUGUUUCAUCUCCAACUCUGGGAUUAAAACAGUCUUACUCCUCACCCAGUUCAACUGAUAUUCUAGCAACCACCACACCCAAGAGCACAGAUAAGGAAAAGAGCCCGACUGCCUCCGGCGACACUAUAACUAGUCUACCAAUCAGCAUCCCCCUCAGCACUGUGCAUCCAAGCAAACUUCCUGUCAGCAUCCCACUGGCCAGCGUGGUGCUGCCAAACCGUGCAGAAAGACUGAGGAGCACUCCUAGUCCAGUUUCGAAUCCUGCAGGACAGAGCAACGGCAAGCCACCUCUCACGCCUACCUCCGGGUACUCCUCCAGCUCAGGAUUGGUGAAUGGCUCUCACUCCGCCAUGCUGACCGAGGACCAAGACUGUGACGCUGCAUCCCCUCCCCCUUACAGCACUCCCAUCAUGGGCCUCCAGCCUCGCGGCUCUGGCCUCAGUCCUGCGCUGGGCACUGGAGGCGUGCUGCAGUAUGCCGAUGGCCCACCGAGGCUUCCCCCCGAGGACGGCCAUGAUCGCCAGGGCCCCGAAUCCGACACUGAGCCCUUGGACAGCGAGGCUCGUCGGCGUAUCUUUUUCUCUUCAUCCUCUUCUUCUUCCUCAUCUUCGUCCUCCACGGGAGGCUCAAGGCUCCACCACGGGUCGGUAAAGCAGGGUCACCAUAAUCACAGUAAGCACCAUCAUCACCACCACCACCAUCAUCAUCACUCUCCGAGCUCCCACAGCCAAGAGGGGCGGAAACGAGGGCGGCGGAAGCGCAGCUCAUCUGGGGCCGUUCCCAUUAGUGGAUCCCCCAAAAGAAGGGCAUUUCCGGGACUUGGCUGCUCAAGCCAUUCUUCUGGAUCACCGCUCAAUAUUAAUUCAAUGGUGAACAACAUAAACCAGCCUUUGGAGAUCUCCGCCAUCUCUUCCCCGGAGCAGUCAGGACGAAGCCCGUGCGGGACAGAUCUAGAUCAGCCUCCCGUGCUUAAAAGAGAGCGUCCCCUGGAGCUCAACAACACAGGUCGUUAUUCCUCCACCCCUAGUUCAGAUGAAGAGGGCACCAAUUAUGGCCCGGACACCUCUAGUUCAAGCCGAAUUGAACUGAAAAUCGCCACCAUUUCCUUAGAUCGAGACGGACCUAUCAGAGAUGUGGAAAGGGGCUUGCAAGGACGUAAAUCAGGUGCCAGUAGCGUGAGCAGUGAGGUAUCAUCUUCCUCCGGAACCAGCAAGUGGAAAUCCACCUUCUCCCCAAUCUCUGACCCCAAGCCAACUCCUCCGGAUAGCCGCCAGGGUGGCUCGCCAUUUGGUGUGGGGGCUUCCCGAUGCGGUACGGACUCCGACUCGGACCAGAAACCGCAGAGGAGAGGAGAACGUGAGCGUGAGCCUUACGGGAACUCAAACCUCUUCCUCAGUCAGGAUGGCAGUGGUCGCUCGGUCGUCAACACGUUGGAGCGGCCGCUGCAGAAACAGAAAUCACGGGAGUGGGACCUGAAAUCUAUAAGUGGACUGGCCAGCCAGAACCUCUUUAUAACCGCUGCGGCCAGUGGAGGCAUCUUGAGCGGGAAAGUGGGUGGGGCCUCCACAGUUCCCUCCGCCGCCUCAGUGGGACAGUACUUCCCCCUGGGUGGGGCUUCAGUUCUCCAGUCCUUAUUUGGAGCUCAGACACCUGGACCAACCACCAGCGGAGCCCCUCGGUUGGUCAACGGACAUUCGGCGCUCAGCAGUUUCUCCAGCGCCGGGCUGGCAGGGGGCGCUGCAGGAGGUAACUGAAGAAAUCUACCUCAACCCAGCAUAACCUAUGCAAUGGACAGGUGUGGACCAAUGGGCUCGACUCGCUCGCCGGUGCUCAAACAUUUGCUAAAGCCGCCACUGUAAAACUGAUAUGGGUAUCAGAACUUAUCACAGGUGCAGCUUAACACACACACACACACACACACGGCCCCUGAAUCAGAUUCAGAUUAACACAGUAUGCAGCUUCCUUGUUUUUCAGAGUGUUUUAAGGUGGCACCAUGUUGGGCUGAUGCUAACAGCCAUUUAUCAAUAAUUGCGAGUUUAGCAUAGCCUUACAGAUGGGUGGUUUACUAAAUUUACAGGUAUCUUCUGGUUGAUUCACAAUCAAUGCCACAGGAAGUGGUUUAAAUGUCAGGAAUAUCAUUUCAGUCAGUACGGUCUCAAUAGGCCGUACACAAAAAAAUGACUUGUGAAUCUCUGUAACCUUGCUGCUGUUAUCAGUGGAAAGAAAUGUGGCUUUUUGUGAUUUACAACUCCUAUUCGGAUGGACUCCAUGAAGCCCCUGGAGCCUGAUACAAUUCCCAUGCUGGGACAUCACCCUUACAGCCUGAGCUUGUGCUGUGAACUCACUAUUAUGGUGAAAUUGAUGUUAACAAAUAGUGUAGUAGUUACCUUGGCUUGGGAAUGUUAACAUCUCAUCAUAUUAAUUGUUUGCCUUAUAAGGUGAAAUAUGUAGGAAACCACAAGCUCCAGCUGUAUAAGGGUGAAUUUCCAAGUGAUAUUUUACCU